AUGACAAAAGUGCAAGGAAUCCGCGCUUUAGCCGGAAUGGGCCUCGAAGGCGCCAGCGUCCUCAACGAAGAAAAGAAAGCUCAAGAGCCGAAGCAAUCAACCGUCGUCACCGUCGACGCAACCAAUCCGGCGCAAGAGAAAAACUCCGACAUCCAACUCUCUGGCACCAACUUUCUUCAACAAGCCGGGUUGCAGCCAUCUGAUUAUCUCGGCCGCUUCAAGGAGAAUUCCUGGCAAUUCUGCACGACGCUGGUUCUCUUCCAGAUCAUUUUCAUCAUCCUCUUCGCGAUUUUCGUCGACUACGAUUCGCACGUCUACAACGAUGAAACCUACAUCAAGCUUCUUCAAGGAACUCCAGCAGAACAAGCCGAAGCGAAAGAGUUCUUCAAGAAAUCCGACGAGCACCUGGUCCGCGACUACGCUUGGUUCCAAGACGUCCACGUGAUGAUCUUCGUCGGUUUCGGCUUCCUCAUGACUUUUCUCAAGCGGUAUUCCUGGAGCUCCCUUGGCUUCAAUUUCCUCUUCGCAGCCUUUGCCAUCCAAUGGGGAAUUCUCUGCCAGGGCUGGUUCUUUGAAACUUCUUCUCAUACCGUCGACGCUACUGCUAACCACUGGACGAACUUGAAGAGCAUUUCGAUCAACAUUCAUUCGAUGAUGGAAGCGGAGUUUUCGGCGGGCACGAUUUUGAUUUCUUUCGGCGCUGUUUUGGGUGUUGCUUCUCCGGUUCAAGUUCUUGUGAUGAUCUUGUUCGAAAUGGUCUUUUACAAGUUGAACGCAUGGAUUUUGCUCGAUAUCUUCAACGUUACAGAUAUUGGUGGUUCCAUGGUCAUCCACGCUUUUGGCGCCUACUUCGGUCUUGCUGUCGCUCGAUGCCUCUUCAAACGCGGCCACAUUGACAAUCCAGCUGAGGGUGGCGAGUACCACUCGGAUAUUUUCUCCUUGGUCGGCACCGUCUUCCUCUGGAUGUUCUGGCCUUCUUUCAACUCCAUGCCCGGAAGCGAAGACGAUCCCGGCCGAUACCUCGCCGUCAUGAACACUUACCUUGCUCUCUGCGGCGCUUGCAUGAUGACUUACGCUACUUCGAUUUGGGCCACUCCUCACAAACGAAUCACAAUGGAGCAUAUUCAGAACGCUACGCUUGCUGGAGGAGUUGCUAUGGGUUCUGCUGCUUCGAUGCCUGUCACGCCUUUUGGAGCGAUUAUUAUUGGCGCUGUUGCUGGUGUUGUUUCCACUUGUGGAUAUUCUUUCAUCAAGCCCGCUUUGGCCAACGCUAUCAACCUCCACGACACUUGCGGCAUCCACAACCUCCACGGUAUGCCAGCCAUCCUCGGCGCAAUCGCCUCCGUCAUCCGUUGCGCUGCUGGGUACCACACAACCGACUUUGUUUCUGGAACAGAAAUGGCGAAUUUCCAGCUUGCCGGUCUCGCCUGCACUCUUGGAAUCUCCCUCGUCGGCGGAACCAUCACUGGAAUGCUGAUGAACAUCCCGCUUUGGGAACAACUCGAAUUGGAAGAAUACUUCGAGGAUGGAAAGUACUGGGAAAUGGAAGUCUACCAAGUCCCUCAAGAAAAAGAAUAA